AUGGCGGUGGAAGAUGUUGUUGUCUUUGAUUCCCCAACAGAAGGUACUUUUCACACUCCUCAUUCACAAUUUGUUUCAAAUGAUUAUCAAGGAACUUUCCAAGGAUAUUCCACUGCAUUGGAGAUGCCAGACUCCUUUUACCUAAUUCCAGUCCCACCACCAGAAAAUGCGUUGGAAAAUAUGGAUUAUAUCCCAAUCAUAGGCAGAGAGAAAGUACUCUCCCCUGUAUCUCAGUCUUCCUCUAGUAUAGCUAAUCCCCAGUCUCCGCCAAGAAAUAGCCAUGUUGCAGAUUCCUUCCAGGAGACUCAAGAGUACUAUUCAACAGCAAGGAAGCACUCCAGAUCAGCCAAACACGCCUUCAAAACUGCUCAGCCUCCCAAAAACAAGGCCUCGGGAUGGACAAUUUCGGCACCGCUAUUGGAGGAUGAGAGUGAUGCUUAUUCAGGAACUACAUUUGACACACACAUGAUGAAGGUCCGAAAAUGUACUUCUAAUACAGAUGCGGGGACUCAACACAAGAAGGACAUCCUACUGAGAUACAACACCAGAAAAUGUCAACAUGGCAGAACACGAGGUCACAGGAAAUCAAACAAGGUCGCCAAAAAGUCCAACGCCUCCAACUCUGGUCCAUGGCUUAUGACAGUUGGGAUGGAUUUUCAACUUUCAUCAGACUCAGAUGCUUCUAGUGGCAGCAAGAAAAGAAGUCCAGGGAGAUCACAGGAAGAGGAGGAUAGGCCACAGAAGAAGCAGAACCCUUACUCAGAAGCACAUAGUCAACUCAGAGAUCAGGCAAUAGGAGAUGAUGAUAGGAUGAUUGAGGGAGAGGUGGAGCGUCUUGUGGUGGUUGAACCACAUCAACUACCUUCACUAGAAUGA